CGGGACUUCCUCUUCUUGCGGAUGCGUCCUUCGGUGCAGAGCUGUAGUGGGGCUUUGGGUGUCACCGGGCUGUGUGUGUGAGUGUGUGUGUGAGGGAGAUCCUGGCCACCGCUGCGGCCGUCGCUGCCUCUGGAGUCCGCUGUGACUGACCACAAACGUGGCGAUGCCCUGAGAGCGCCCGGAGCCCCGCGUGCCACCCGCCGCCCGCCAAAAUGUCUGAUGUCAACAAGACUGUCCAGAAAUGGCACGCCAGUUUCCGAAAAGCCACGGACUUUGACUCGUGGGGACAGUUAGUGGAGGCUAUAGAUGAGUAUCAAAUCUUGGCAAGACAACUGCAGAAAGAGGUCCAAGCCACUAAUUCAACAGAUUUCAAUGAAGAACAGAAGAAAAAUUUGGGGAAAAUUGCAACAUGUCUGGAAAUGAGAAGUGCCAGUUUACAGUGCAGUACGCAGACGAAGGAGGAGUUCAAACUGGAGGAUUUGAAGAAAUUGGAAAAUAUUAUUACAAAUAUCUUAACCUUCAACAAAGAGUUUCCCUUCGACGUGCAGCCUGUGCCAUCUCGUAAAAUCUUGGCUCCUGGAGAAGAGGAAAACUUGGAGCUGGAGGAGGACGACGCAGCAGCGGGACAUGGCUCCACAGACACGUUUUCUCCACGCGCCCCUGGUACUCUGUUGCCACGGUUACCAUCGGAGCCUGGGAUGACCCUCCUCACCAUAAAGAUCGAAAAGAUCGGCUUGAAGGACGCCGGCCAGUGCAUCGAUCCGUACAUAACCAUCAGCGUCAAAGAUGUGAACGGUGUGGAUGUGAACCCUGCGCAGGACACUCCGGUCGCUUCCAGAAAAGAGGACACUUAUAUCCACUUUAAUAUUGACGUGGAGGUGCAGAGACACGUGGAGAAACUCCCUAAAGGUGCAGCUAUCUUCUUUGAAUUCAAGCACUACAAACCUAAAAAGAGGUUCACCAGCACAAAAUGUUUUGCCUUCAUGGAAAUGGACGAGAUCAAGCCAGGUCCAAUCGUCAUUGAACUGUACAAGAAGCCCACAGACUUCAAGAGGAAGAAACUGCAGCUGUUAACCAAGAAGCCCCUGUACCUGCACCUGCACCAGACCCUGCACAAGGACAGCUAGGUUCUACUCCCAUCACCUCCACACCUCAGCAAUACCAAAAGGACACUUCUAACAAAGAGAUCAUAUCUCCAACACAAAGUUCUCUGCCAAACACUUUUGUAUUUAGUUCAUAUCGCGUCGUAGUACAUCCCUUCUGUUGCAAGAAGGAUCUGAAGUAUUGGCUUCUUCACCAGUCUUCCUCAGCUCUACCUGAUGAAACAUUAGAGGUGCUUUUGAGUCACGUUUUUUGCUUAAUCUGUGUUUUGUUGGAGUUUAGCUGGAUUAAUCAUUAACGUUCGAACACUUGGAGUAGCCGGGUCAUGUAGGGACAGAAUUUAAGCAUUAACUAUACAAUAUAUUCUAAAGAAAUAAUAACUAACAAAAAAAAAAGACAAGUUAAGCCCUUUUAUGACAGUGGUUUAAAUCUGGUAUUUAAAUCAUAAGUGGCAUAAAAAUACAAAGUGGCAGAUUUUUUAAGUGUUUAAGGAACUGUAUGUAAUAUUUUGUUUUUAAAAAUCAAUUAACAUGACCGAUCUGUGUUCCCAGAUACGACGUAGAAAUGUUCAAAUCAAAUGGAGCUUUUACUAUUAUAAUGACUUAUUCUUAAUUACACAAAUUUUGGACAUGAUGGACAAUUUGUUUUUGUUAUAAUAUGCACUAUUCACACUUGCGUCACAAACCAGGAAGAUGUUUGGAAACAUGCGAUGACGACUUUCGGUGUACAGUAGUUCCCGACUCUGGGCUCGCCGACCGACUGAUAAAAUCCACUGAAGGAAAUGUGAUCAGAGGUAAAAUGAAGACUGAAUAUGUAUGUGCUGUUUGGAGCAGAGUCCUGCACCGAGUUUUAACAUUCUGGAGUUUUACGGGGGGUAGUGAUUACACACGGGUGGGUCAGAACUACAUCAGGACUAAACCAGGGCUACACUAGGACUUGGACUUGAGAGGGAGAACCCAGAGCCCAAGGAGCAUGGCGUCCACAAAGUGUGAUUGGGCUGUCGGAUCUCUGCGCUCAUCCUUUCAUCUGCGGUCACCCGACGGUCUGCAUCAGUGCACCUCAGAGCCCAUCCCGACAAUAAGUCCUGGUUUAGUCCUGGUUUAGUCCUGGUUUAGUCCUGGUUUAGUCCUGGUUCAGUCCUGGUUCAGUCCUGGAAUCAGUCCUGGAAUCAGUCCUGGAAUCAGUCCUGGAAUCAGUCCUGGUUCAGUCCUGGAAUCAGUCCUGGUUUAGACCUGGUUUAGACCUGGUUUAGACCUGGUUCAGACCUGGUUCAGACCUGGUUCAGUCUGUGGCAUGUGCGGCGCAAAAGUGUUUCUUCUGCUACAGCCUGUGAAGUGAUGACAGUCGAGUCACGUCUGUGAAUUUGUAUUCGUACUGAAGAAAGCGUAUCCGCUUCAUUUCAAGUCGUAAAUUUUCAAUUUUUAUUCUGAUGGAUGCUUCAGUUAGAGUGAUUUUAAUUUGUGUGCGAUUUAUCUCGGUCACGGCCGGGUAACAGGUGGAAUGUUAACGGGUGCGGGCAGCUGCGGGUUUAACUUUGAUAUAAUCAUGGGUUGGUGCUGAACUGCGUGGACGGGUGCGGGUCUCCAAAAAUGAACCCGUUUGGAAUCAUCAUGAAUCUGUCGUCUUCGUCUCUUCUAAUUGCAUGUACCCAGUGCGCUCGGAGUUGUGCGUCAGUGAGGAAAUGAUGAAAACCGGGGUAUGGUUGUAAUUAGGAGUGUGCAAAAAUAUUAAAAUGUUGAUAUAUCGCGUUAUUUAAUUUCAUGAUACUGUAUCGAUAGCUCGGGCUACUGCAUCGAUAUAUCGGUAUAUUUUACUAAAUUAUUUUGUGAAAGAGCUACAGUUGUGUUUCAUGUUUGGAGAAAGGAAAGUGGUUUAUGCAGUACAUUAGACAUACUUACUGUUUUGAGUAAAAUUGACAUUUUUUAUAUUCACUUUGUACAAACUUAGUGGUUUAAUUAAGACUUUUAAUAUCACAGCAACGAUUUUAGCCUUUGUUUUUGACUGAACCAAAUUGAUUUGGAAUAUAUCGUAUUGAAUUGAAUCGAAAGUGCCCUAUAUGGAAAAACGUAUUGUAUUGAGGCCUAUGUAUUGAGAUAUGUAUCGUAUCAGCAUGUUGUCAUCGCAUGUUUCCAAACGUCUUCCUGGUUUGUGCCAUAAGCGUAAGACGUUUAUCCAAUCAGAAAACGGAAUGAGCCUCACAUGAGUCUCUCAACGCUGAAAUCCAGUUGGUUUGGACCUAAAAUGUCUCUGAGCAGGAUGGUCACUUCCUAAACCUACACUACUUGCAGCUAAUCCUGAAUCAGUCAACACAGGUUUAGUUGUGAUCGUAGAAGUUUAGUUUUUUUUACUGUAAGAGCACAGGCUGCCUAUCGUUCCUUUAAUAUCAGUCCAGGUUCAGAGAGGAAUUUUGUUCACAGUUCACUUCUCACUGCCACCAACAGAGGCCGACAAACUCAUAAUCAAAACAUUCUGUGCACAUUGUGUGAAAUGAGGACACACUAUUGACCUGGUUUACAUUUUAUGACAGAAAAUAAUGUAUAAGAUUGGAAUGUACCACUGCAAAAGCCUCUGAAAAGGGAUAAAGAGACCAAACUACUACUUAUGGUGCUUCUGUUGUCCGCUUUCCCCAUACCGCCGUCGUUUUAACGCUAAAUUACUGAGCAAAUUUUAAAUAAAAGUGAAGAUGCCAACAUGAAAACGGACAAAUGUAGGGAUCAUACAUUUGGCAUUACUUUGGAUUUGAAUUAGGGAUGUAACAAUAACCAAAAUAUUGUGACAUCGUAUCGUCAAAAGUCUCACAAUAACAUCGAAUUACAAGUUCCUUUGCUUAAAUGCAUGGUUUUAUAGUAGCAACAGCUUAUAAACAUCGGGAACUACAUAUCCCAUGAUUCAUUUCAGAAAUGUUUUUUACUUGAAUUCUUGGGAUUAUGACGGAAAUAAUUCACACCAAAAUCUUGUCAAGGUAUUCUAAACGCAAAAAAGUGUAUCUACAAUUAUAUCAGCCAAAAUAUCGCAAUAAAUAUCGUACCGUGAGAUGCAUAUCGUGAUAUCAAACCGAGAGAUUUGGAUAUUGUUACAUCCCUAAUAGUUACAUAUUUUACUGUUUUAAAUGUUAAAUCAUCUGUUAAAAUCACUACAGUAGGCUUACCAUUCAUGACCAAGCAAUUUCAGUUCACCCAAAACACUAUAUAUAAUAAAUAAACUUACUUUGAUAAUGUAUACUAAAGAACGUGUGAUUAUUUUAACUCACAAAAGUCAACCGCAAUCAAAACUCCAUUUGGGAUUUAUUGCAUCCAUCACAGCAUAAUCAGAGUUUAUUUUUUAUCAACGUGUGCAGUUACUUAAAGGCCCCAUAUUACGCUGCUUUAUGGUUAUAAUGUUUUUUUUUUCAUCACAAACAGACCUGGAGUUGUGUUUUGUUUCAUUCACAGUGUUUUUAAACUCUAAACACCUUCACUACAAUAAUUUGGAUGAUUUCAGACCUGGAAUUGCCAAUCUCUACUGAGCUAAAGGUAAAAAAAAAGAAAAAGAAAAAGAGAGGGUGGGAUUAAAUAUAAGUUUUCUCCUUCCCACUCCUUUUUGGGCCAGUUUUUAAUUUAAUUUCAUGUUUUUGUUGUUAUUUCUGCUAUGAUUUCAUUAAUGUUGUAUGUUUUGUUGUAAAAGAAUGUACAUUUCUUACUUGCCCAAAAUAAAUCAAAAAGGAGUUGUGAAAACUACUGCUUUGUGACAUCACAAGGUGGAGCAGAGCGUUUUGAGAUGACAGACUAAUAAUAAAACACAACUCCAGGUCUGUUUUUGACGAGGUAACAGCAUUAUAACAUGUUUUAAAGCUCACAAGAGUCAAUUUUGCGUGAUAUAGGACCUUCAAAAAUCUUGUACCUUUAUUUUGAAAUCCAAAUGUGACCCUACACGAAGGGCUUUUAUUUGUGACUGCAUGUUGACUUCUUUCAUGCUCCUGAUUUUAAUAUUAUUUACGUUGUGUUUUUGUCCCAACUCUGACUGUAAAUGAACUGUAAGAUACAUAAACGGAUGAUUAAACAUUAUUGUAAUCUGUGAAGCACUACGGAGGGAGACCACGUUUUGUUGAAUGGCUGAAGUAAUUGUAUUUCAUAACAUUUGCAAUGCUAUUAAUUUCUAAUAAAAAUGUCAAAUGUCA